UUCCUCUUUUUGUGGUAGGAAGUGCAUCGUGAAUCAGCCAGUCAGAUCCGCAAGCGAUCCGGUCAAUUCUGUUCUAAACCGUCUCUAAACUACGACACGCCACCAAAAUGACAGGACGCCACAGUUACAACACUUGAUGUCAUUACUGGGCAGAGGGCAAGGCAAAACCAGACGACGUAAUGUCAGUCGGCGUUCCCAUUGCGCACGGUAUGUUAAGAGUGUGAGCUGCUCGGAGGAAGACAGACUUCAGGAUGGGUAACAUGAUGCGAGGCGUAAGCACCUGUAACAGCCUUACUAGCAGGGAUGACAGCACUGUUUGGAAAGGCUCCGAGGACGACUUGGCGAUUGUGCUUUCCGACUACCCCAAUUCUGACAUCAGUGAACCUAUCUUCAGGAUUGGAGAGAAGCUCAACAUUGUCACUAGAGAGGCCUACUGGUGUAAAGUCCGUUCGCUCUGUACGGGAAAGGAAAAUUUAAUUCCCAGAAAUUUUGUGGCAAAAUUGUAUCACGGGUGGCUUUUCGAAGGCGUGACGAGGCAGAAGGCCGAGGAGCUUCUACGUCUACCCGGGAACAGAGUAGGCUCCUUUCUGGUACGGGAGAGCUCCACAGAGCGAGGUGCGUAUGUGCUGUCAGUCAAACACAGCACCAUACGGCACUAUCGUAUCUCCCGAUUGGACAACCAUUGGUACUACAUAUCCCCGGGCCUCACUUUCCAGUGUUUGGAAGACAUGAUCAACUACUACUCUGAUUUUGAACACGGCCUGUGCUGCGUGUUGACAUCACCGUGUCAGUCCAACCAAACGGUGGCCCCGGCAGACGCUCCGCCGGUCGUCAUGAGACGUCACAAGAAAAACGACAGGAUACAGCCGACAAGCAGUGGCAGCAACGAUGCCAUGCUGAGCUACGGCGUAAGGAACAGCAUGGCCGCCUACCUGUCCUUCUCCGGGUGCGAAGAAGCCCAAAGCAUGAAAGCAGGAAGCAGGCGGAAGAAAAGCAAAUCUGUUUACUUGCUCCCUGAAAAUGGCCCGAUGAACCUUGACUACCGUGAUAUUUAAUUCCUGCCGUGCAGACACCCGCCCCCUCAAGGGAGACUGCACUAGUCAAAAAGAACUGAAACCAUCAGAUUUGACUGGCAAAAGUUUCCACAAUCGAGUACGGUCAUCAUUUGAACCUUUUAUGACCAAGACAUUCUGACAUAUUUAUAUUUAAGUUUCCCCAAAAUCGUCAGGCCUGACUUGGUUAUCUGCUGAAUUUUCCCUCUGUCACUGGACUAUCCACAGUCUCAUUUACAUAACUCAAAGUUUCUGUGACAUUCUAGCCAAGGGGCCAGCAACCGGUGGCUCUUGGAACCCGCUGAUGCAGCUCAGUUUUAUAUUUACUGUAUGUAUAGAGAAUAUAUGGUAUAUAUUAGGCCUGCAGUUAUCGAUUAUUUUAGUAGUCGAUUAAUUGAUGGACUAGUUAGUUCGAGUAAUCGGAUAAGGAACAUUUAAAAAACAAAUCAAAAUACCUGACCUGAGCCUCAAACGGCAUAAAAAGAGGAUAUAUGUGCAACAAAAGAGCAAUUGACUAACUUACAUAGCAAAAGUCCACUAGUUUAAAUGCUAUAACAUUUUACAAUACUCUUAAUAGUUAAAACACAUUCCCACAAAAAAACGGCUAAAUAUACCUUCAAACUAAAUUAUGAAUGCAUUAAUAAAAUAUUAGCUCAAACAAAAACUUAACAGGGAGCAGCUGGAUUCAGCCAUGUGAAAUGAGGCAGACUAGAGGGCAGUGUAUCCACCCAAAUCAAUAAAACUAUAUGCAAAUACUUUCAAAACAAACCAUUACAACGCCACCUUAAUUAAACGAAUACUUGAGGCAGCAACAUUUAAUUCGAAUAUUUUUUUUCUAAUCGAAUACUCGAGUUAAUCGAUUAAUCGUUGCAGCACUAUUUAAUCGAAGGAAUCUGACCUUUUAGCCAGAUUGCCGGAAUCACGCGGCGGACCCGCACUGGCGCAGAUCCAACGACCCGGGCCGGCGAAACCCAACAACCCGGCCAAAAUGCCAAACUGACCGCACGUUCACCUUAGUCUUAAAGUGCGUAUGACACCAAAAAGCAUGUUUAUUUCAUAUUUCACACUGUGUUUUCUGCUCCUGAAUGAAUUGGACCACUUGGAUGUGCGUGGAAGCGAUCAUUUUAUAUAUUUAGUUUUUGAAUCCCGCGCCAUGAAAAUGAAACUUACGGCUCCAGUCUCGGGUUUAGGACUAAUGCGAAUGUGACGUCACCCGGGUCAGCAUCUCACAAUACAGCAUUGCUUUAUAGCAUGCAGAUUUUGCGGAUUAAUUCGUUUAUUUUUCGCAUCACGCCAGCCAAAUGUGCUGCAGGCUUUUGUAGCUGCACCAGGGAGAGGCGUGUGAGCCAACUGUGGGACCAUUGGACUUACGAGGAAGGGAGUAAACAUCGUGUUUUGGAUUAUGUCAAAUACUGGGAUCAUGACACACGUUUUAAUACGGAGGUUGCUUGCAUUUUGUGGCUGAUUGUCCACCAAAAAUGCCACUCGGCCGACGAGUUGUCACACAUUCCCCGCUGGGAGUGUGCUAUAUUUGGCUUAUUGCCCUCUUCGUGUGCCCAGUGUUCUGUCAAAUUUUCCACCCCAUCAGAAAUUGCAACUCUGUGUUAAAAAUGGCCGCAAAUACAGCGAUUACAAAGUAAACACUACAAACUUCCUUAAAAUAAAGGACUUAAGUUUGAUCAUGGAUAGACAUGUAGAAAAGUUCUCCUCAGACACAUCCUGCCAUGUUAGCUGCACAACAACUGCAUGCCGCUCUCUUACCAUUUGUCUUCGCUGUGUAGUUAAGCAUUAAUUUACGCCAUAAUCGUGUUGACCGUGUGGCAGCUACGUGUUCCUCCAACAUCAGCCGGUUUGUCCGGUGGUAACUCUCCAGCUGCUUGCCCGGCAAACGAGCUCUCCUGCCCGCAGCAGGGGACGAGCUGUAACUUGCUCGCCGCCGGGCGGGUUGCCGGUCAGCGAAGACAAUUGACAACCCCGCCGCCGUGUGACAUGAUCCCGGGUAGUUUUGAAUUUGUAGGUAGUUUGGAGACUCAGGGUCACCAUAUCACAAAUCAACAAAAGGUUCCCAAAAAAACAUGACAACGAUUAGUGAAGCAUUCAGUCUUUUAAAGGCUCUGGUGAGUCGGGCCGUGGUCCGAAAGAAGGUGUGUUUGGCCGUUGUUUAGGAUAAUCUUCUAUUGCAGUUUGGGCUGUUUAGUUCAUGCGUCACAGUUGCUAAGUCACCGUUACUGAGGCAACCGCAGAGGGAGAUUUUGCCCGCCUCAGCGUCAAAGGGGCUCUUGUCAGUCAUUUUAUCAGUCGGAUAUCGGAUGUUCUCCGGUGUUUCUUGUGUUGGGACUGGACUUCCCGCCAUUUGUUCUGGACUGUCCUGAAGAGCUGAUUGUGGGAUUUGGUGUUGCAGACCUGGGCUUGUAGAUGUCUUGCCUAUUACCUGGUUGUCAGCGUCCAUCUUGCUCAGUCAGCUGCAUGACGCACGUGUUGGGCUUCUUUGGUCAGAAGGAGACAUGUAUCUCUUAUGCCCUAUGUCAAAUAUAUUCUGCUUGUUUGCUUGUUUGUUUUUUUAAACAUGAUGUAAAUGCUAUUUAUUUUAUAUUGGGUGUGUUAGAGGAAUACAGUAAAUAGGAGAAAAGAUGGUAUUCCCUGAUAGAACACAUUAUAUUAAGUGUGUUAUAGUAAUACAAACAGUCAAACAGUAAAUACGAGAAAACAUACUAUUACUUCAUUUAUUCUAGCACUCGCGAGAUAUAACAAAGAAGGUUAACUUUCCUUCAGUAGGCGAAUUAAGUCAGGCAUAUGGUAUUGUGUGUACAUUCAUGAAGGUCAUGAAUUCACCAACUAUGUAAAGUCACGGUUGAAGGCGCACCCUCAAGUGUACACUUUCUGAGUGGCACCCGUGACUUUACAGAGUUGGUGAGCCCAUGCUUGCGUGAGUGUUCUGUGAAUAACAACGUGUAAAAGCUGAGCACUUCUUCUGCUUACUAAAAUAUGUUUAAACUCUUGUUAAGUCAAAUAUACACCACAGAACAUUUAUAUAUUUAUAGUCGAGUCCAUAUAUGUGUGUUGGUUUUUUCUGUGGAAACUGUCGGAAUGGCCCUUUGAGUGUGAAAGUUUGCCGACCCCCGUUCUAGCCUAACACCUGCUGUAUCCUAUUAGAUGAUUGUGUCUGCACAAUGUAAAUAUUGAGAUAUUUUAACAAAAGCAAACAAAUCUUUGCACUUUAUAUGUACAAACAAAGUGUCUAAAAAAACAAGUUUGUGCUGAUGAGCGUUGAAGUACUGUAUAAUAAGUAUGGCUGAGAAUGUAAACAAUUGCGUGAGCCAGCCGUUCUGUCAGCCAGUGGGAAAAAAGUUGAGUUGUUCAAACGGGAGCUGUCUCUUCUUCUUCUUCUUAAAAAAAAAAAUCAUCUUUGAGGAUAAACUCACACAUCACAUCCAUAUGAAACAAACCAACAAUGUGUUAGUAAACUUCUCCACCAACGCAAUACAACCCACAUCACUUUACUGUAUACAGCACCAUCAUACUGUAGAUAUUUUGUCAGAAAAGUACCUUUCAAAGUUGUUCUUACUCAAUGUUGCUGUUUUGUGUGAAAUGUAUUGACACAAGUGAGGUUAGCCAAGAGUCUUAUGUUGUGUUGAAACUAGGGCUGGGCUGUCCAGCCCCCAAAAAAAUAAAAAAAAAUUUUGUCCCACAUUA